AUGGCUAUCGCUAUGACUCCGGUAUUGGAGCCCACCCUCUUCUACGCUGUCACUUCUAUACUCGUUGGUUCUACUUUCAUUACCUAUCUCCUCAAGUUCAUCAAGAUUGACCUUACACCUUUCCUGUCUACCAAACAAGGCAAAGUUGCUCACAAGAUCUCUAACCGCAUAUACGAUCGCUUCCUCAAUACACUGUCCAUCUCCACACCCCUGUCUCCUCCUCCUAUCUCCUCGAGCCUCCCGUCACGAGGCUACCUGGAAGGUCUUCCACCACGAAGUGGCUCUCGUCCCGCCAUUUCUGGCAUUGGCGAACCCCGUCAGACAACACAACUUUCCUCAUGCGAAAAGGGUCUUCCUAAACGACUACGAGAUCUCAUCACCACCGUCUCUGCACAGUACCCUCGGGCAACGUAUCUUGGUCGCUCCACCUUCGAGCCAUGCGGCCGGGUCGCCCUCUUUGCCUGUCAUCGCGCCUUCAACGCGACCAAAUACUACGGCGAGAUUGUCAGUGCGAACAGUGCCGAUGCCUCCAUCCGCGCCACCCUGCAUCCUGCCGACAUCAAGACCGUGAUCGAGAAGGGCUGGGGCCAACGUCAUCCCCUCUCAAGCCGUCUCGGGUCAUGUUUCGUCCGGCUUCAAAGCGGCAACCAACCCGGUCCGGUACCGGGAUCACAGGUCCUCAUAUACGCCCCGAGAGACCAAGCUGAGCUGGAGGCCGUGGGACAAAUCGUGAACGCGGCUGUGUGGUGGGCGGGAGGUGUCGAUAACAGAGUUGAUGGCGAAAGUUUCUAA